AUGAAAGAAAGAUAUGACGAUGGAGAUAAGGAAAUUAUAAAAGAAAGUAGAUUAAAAAUAAAUAAAAAACAUCACCAUCGUGAGCAUAAGCAUGAAAAAAAAAAGGAAAAGGAAAGAAAAAGGUACAGUAAUAAAUAUGAUAAGUAUGAUAAAUAUGAUAAGUAUGAUAAGUAUGAUAAAUAUGAUAAAUAUGAUAAGUAUGAUAAAUAUGAUAAAUAUAAUAAGAAUGAUAAAAAUGAUAACUAUAAAAAAUUCUAUAAAUAUGACAAGCAUAAUUAUCUUGAUGAUUCUUCCAAAAAAAAGAUUUUGCACAACGAUGAAAAAAAAAAUCGGCAUGGAAGAAAAAGAGAUAAGGAAAAAAAAUAUCGAGAUAAUUCAAGUUCCAUAGAAAAAAAUGAUAAUAUAAAAACGAAACCAGAAUUUUCGUAUAAUGCAUUUGAUUACUUUAAUAAACACAUUUCUGAAAAUAAGAUAUCAUCAAAUUAUAUUAAUGAAGAGAAAUUAAAAUAUGAAAAACAAGUAUUUCAAAAAGCAUAUGGCUUGUCUUUAGACGAUGAUAUAUGUUAUGAUAAUUUUCUAUUUGAAAAGGGUGAAGAAAAUAAUAAAAACGUAAAAAAAAAUACGACAAAAUGUAACGAACAAAAUAAUAAUAAAUAUUAUGAAUGUUAUAGCUGUAAAACACAAAAUUUAUUUGCAAAUGUCCAGUGUUACAAAUGUAAAAAAUUGAGAAAACUGUAG